UCAUUAUCAUCCCUUCACCAGAGGAGAGAGAAUAUAAAAAGGAAGACAUGUUGCGGAAUCUCAACUCCUAUCUCUUCCACUCAAUGACUUCAUCUGCUUUCUAAAAGGGCAUUGGAAUUUUGGUUGAACUUAUCCAUUUUUUCCAUUGGUGUGAAAUGGUCACUUGGUUAUGGAGUGAGUGCUUUGAGGAGAGUUUCUAUCAUUGAGAUUUUGGAAGUCCUCGAUGGAAAUACUUGGCCCUGAGCCACAGAUAAAGUUUUGAGUUCAUUCUUUGGUUUCUAUGAUCCCAUGCACUUGGGCUUGGGUCAGCAGAAGCACAAAAUAGUCAAAGGUAUGGAGUGUUUUGACGAGCGGGGAAUAUCAUGUUGCAGUGCCUAGACGGAUUGAAGCAUCUGUUUUCUGUAUUGGUUAAGUGUUGUGACCUCGAUUUAUCUAAGCAUCCGAAGGGCCUUGAAGAUCCUGAAGUUCUAGCAAGGGAAACAGUCUUCAGUGUAAGUGAAAUCGAAGCAUUAUAUGAGCUGUUUAAGAAGAUCAGCAGUGCUGUUAUUGAUGACGGUCUGAUAAACAAGGAAGAGUUUCAGUUGGCAUUAUUUAAGACAAACAAAAAGGAGAGCUUAUUUGCUGAUCGGGUAUGUUCUAUGCUAUUUCAUGUCUUUGACUUAUUUGAUACGAAGCACAAUGGAAUAUUAGGCUUUGAAGAAUUUGCACGUGCCCUUUCUGUCUUCCACCCCAACGCUCCAAUUGAUGACAAGAUUGAGUUUUCUUUUCAGCUAUACGACCUCAAGCAGCAAGGGUUCAUUGAGAGACAAGAGGUGAAGCAAAUGGUAGUGGCUACACUUGCUGAAUCUGGUAUGAACCUUUCAGACGAUGUGAUAGAAAGUAUAAUCGAUAAGACCUUUGAAGAGGCUGAUACCAAACAUGAUGGGAAGAUCGACAAGGAAGAGUGGCGGAGCCUUGUUUUACGACACCCGUCUCUUUUGAAGAAUAUGACCCUACAAUACCUCAAGGACAUCACAACUACAUUCCCAAGCUUUGUGUUCCACUCACAAGUAGACGAUACUUGAGGUUCUCCUUCGAUUUAAAUUUAAGAGGUUGGUCUGGUUUGUUAUUAUGAUUUGUUUGUCUCCAGAUUAUCUGGGCCUCAUAUGUUUGCGUGGCCCGGAGCGCUGUUUGAUGAGAUUGGUGAUUGUGAGGACAAACGUGGGCUCUUUGUUUCUAAGUUCAACUACUGCACAUUCUCACUUUUCUUAUUAAAAAGGGCCCCUUUAGUA